UUAGUUGUUGUUGUUGGGGCCCUAUCAGUUAGAGACGAUAUUUUCGUUUCUGAUUGUGGCCAAGUAUUUCCGAAAUCAGAAAUCGACAACAACGAAAAACAAUCCUUUCACUAUUGACAAGACCGUUUCAUUUGGCACGACAGCACGGUGAAUGUUGUCCGUGUUCAUUGCAUAAGUUGGUCGUAAAAGCGACGUAACUCGCUAGCCACAAAACACAAAUCGAUUAAAAUUCCAAGAAAAAACUCGAACAGAAGUAAACCAAAAACUGAAAUCGCCUCCCUUUGUCUAUGCAACAUCACUGGCAGAAGAAACCACACAACCGUUUUAUCACCAUUCGAUUCUCGUUUCGUUUACUUUUCGCUCUCUUUUAUUUUUCGUUCUGCUUUUUUGUUUCAUUUACUUUUCGUGCUACGCAAUAUUGUAAGCUAUUAAAAUCUGUGUUGCGGAACGAAAACCAUCUCUGUGUGAAACGCUAUAUGUUUUUAUUGGUAUAAUGCUUCGUUAUUUAUCAACUUUAUUUUCAUAUUUAUUCUGGAUGAUUUUGUUGCCAUACAUUGCAUUUACUUUCAAAAUAUGAGACAUAGCAAAAAAGCAAUAAAUCUUGCACUAAUUAUAGCUUUGCCUAGAUGUAUGCUUUGAUGAGAAGCCUUUGUGUGAUUACUUUUUUCAUGGCUUAUCGUUUUGAGCUACACGAGUCGACUGUUAUAAGACACGAACUCAAUUGACACAAAAGUGCUCGCUUGUUUAUGAUUCCGAAUGCGAUUAAACACAGUUGCUUGGACUGGGACAAUAUGUUUUUUUUUGCGAACUCAGCGAAAUUUUGGUUCAAUGCUGUGAGACGUGUUGUUCGAAUGCUUUUGUGCACCCAAGGAUUUUAUUUGGAUAUCAAAAUGAUUCCAAGCAAGUUUAACAUUAAAUAUGAUGUGGAUGGUUUUUUUCGGCGAACGCCAGCAGCCACUCCUGAGCCUAGGUCCCAGCCCGUAACGAUCGUUAGUGAAAUUAUUGAACUUAGCAGUGACGAAGAGCCGGAUGAUCCCAAUCGAACUCCUGAUUUCAACGACCUACCCAUAGCCGAACUUGAGGUGAAAAAAGAGCAAUUGGAGCGAGCUCUAAAUGAAAACGGUGAUGAAAUCGACGAUGAUAAUGAAGUUGGCGAAAACAACGAUUUCGACCUGAACCGCGCUAACGCCAUUUCAGAACCGAUGUGCCAAAAUGAAGAAAAUGUACAAGCAACUCCAAUGGUUGUACAUGGUUACCGAACACCGGAAUCAUUGGGCCACUCAUCCGUUUUAUCCAAUGGCAUCGGAUCCAUCGUCAACAAUUAUUCUGGAGGUGAUUUAUCCGAUGUAUCCGAAGAUGAUUUUAACCUAGACUUGCCUUCACUCAAUCGUACCGUACAAAUGCCCUCAACACAAAAAGUACAAUUCCAAGUGCGAAAAUCGCAUCAAAAUCCGGUCAAACCGGAGAAAUCGCAAAAUUUGCCCAGGAAUUUGAUCCAAAAUGAUGAUACAACACAAAUGGUACCCGAAGCAGCGCAUCAACGUUAUAGCCCACUGUACUCAGACCAAAGAGAUGAGCAAUUUUCUACGGAAAACUCAUAUGGUGCUCAAUUUGCAACCAAUUCAGAUAUGAUGGAUCUGGACUUUGCGCUACCAACAACGCCCACACUCUUCGCACAGCAUAGCCAGAAGCCGCAUAUAACACCACCGGCCAAUUACAACGACAACAUUAUUCUCAAUCAGAGCUAUACGAACAACAACACGGAUGGUAAUCGGUACAAGUAUUAUAGUCCAGCGAACAAUGUGUUUUUCGAAAGUCCUGGCGCCACACCAGUUUACGCGACACGCGAACGACCAGUUGAAGAUAUGAUCGAUGAAAAAAUUGCCAAAAUCAAAGAAGAAAAUGAACAAGCGCGCAAAGAAGAGAUUGAUAAUAUGAUGAAAGUGGUUAAGGAAAAUUUGCUCAAAGAGUUGAGAGAAGAAGUCGUGAUGGUGCCAAAGAAUGAAUACGAAUUAUUGAUUAAUCAGAGAAAUGCUGAUAAUUCACACCACACCACCAAAAAUGGCGAACGAAAAAGAAGUUCUUUGUCUCCAAAAUGUCAUCCCAAUGAGCACAGUCUAGAGAGAUCCGCGGAUAAACGGCACAAAUCAAACCAUUACGGUGACCGUGAACGUCAUCGAUCUUCUAGUUCAUCGAAAGAUAAUCGUUUCCACGAUCAUCAUCGAUCAACCUCUAGUUCAUCGAAAACUGACAAAUCCGCACACAAAACCAGCACGGUCACAUCGGGUAGCUAUCAGCCGUUCCAUAGCGAUUCAAAUUCAAGCCGUAUGGAUUAUGAAAACGACACAUCUUCCAGUUCAAGUAUUGAUACAGUAUUUAAACGGCCUUCGGUCGAAAAAGAAACAAAAACUCGUACACCAAAUGAAGAUGCUCAGUACACAAUCAAAUCAACCUUUGAAAGAAGCAAACUAUAUGCAUCGCCAUCCACCAAAGCAUGGCAAAAUGAAUCUUAUCGUUUCACACAGAAAAUGCAUCAAGCUUUUAACAAUGGCGAUGAACCAAUGACGCCAGGAACAGUGGCCAAAAACACCGAUAAAUUGCUGUAUUUGAAAAGUGAUAAAGCAAAAGUGUGUCCGAUCUGUGUUAAACCUUACAUGCGAAUGGUGUUUCAUAUGAAAUCUCAUCACGUUAACUAUGAAGUGUACGUAUCCAGAGUUUCAGCGAAGAUGGUGGCAAAAAUAAGGGCGAAUGAUGGAAAAAUGCCGGUCACCAAGUAUAUGCGACCAAAUAGUGCGCAAUAUCUCAAGGCAUUGUGUUUGUUUUGCGAGGAAGAAAAAGAUUUCAUGCCUCAAUAUUGGAACGAUCAUAUUCGCAGCCACACAGGUGAAUAUGGACGUGAAUGUGACUUGUGUCUCAAUCGGGUUUGUUUUCACACGCACUGCGGCAAUCCAACAAGAGUUGUCGAUAAAUUCAAUCCAUACGAGGAAAAUCUGUGCGUCUACGUUUGUCGAAAGUGUAAUUACACACAAAUCGACAAGAAGAAAAUUCAAACGCAUCUACGGGCGGAACACGAGAUGAACGAUGAAUCCGAAUUCAAAAAAUAUUAUCGAAAAGUUACCCUUUUGCCAGCUAUGAAAAGUCUUCCAUUUACAAAUCCAAACGGAACACUUUCCUACGGACCAUUCCCAUCGAAAACCCAGCGUUACGUUGAAAAGUCAGUACGACCGCAGCCAGCGAAACAGAAGACCACAUCUCAGCCAUCGACUAGUCGAAUAACGGUUUUGGAGAAUCGUGUCAUUCGAUCAGCAGUUGAUACCACAUCAGCUACCGAAUCUGAGGCAGAAAACAUGGACACUAACUGUGGUGAAGGCGAAAUGCAAAAUGAUGACAAUCACGCAACUGCGACUAAUGAUACCACAAACCCGAUGAAUGCAUACAAAAUCGAUCCGGAAACAGAAAAGGCUUUGCUCAACGCCUACACCAAUGUCGAUGAAAAAGAAUACAAAUAUCAGGUUCGCCCGUGGAUUGAUGAAUAUACGAAAAAGCCAGCAAUUGAUUUGAUGACACAAUUUGCACUGUAUAAGUGUAUGCAUCCGAUGUGCCUUUAUGCCACAAAUGAUGAUCAAAAUUGGGAAUCGCAUAUGGAUAAACAUCUCGACAUGUUUGAUGUAUUGACUAAGCGUAAUGCUGUGAUUGGCAAAGCAACCAGAGACCAACAUAUCAAAUUCCGUGAUUGUCCAUAUUGUCCGCACCAAGCAAAAGCUAACUAUCAAGUUUUGGAUCAUAUGGCGGAGCAUCGUCGAAAUGCAUUCCAGUGUGCACAUUGUUUUUAUCGAUGCCUUGAAAUGGAUAAUAUCGUGAUGCACUAUGAAAAGUAUCACAUCGGUAAAUCUUGUGACGUUUUAUUAUGCAGCGAAUAUGUUGAACAUUUUGAAGAUAGAGAUGAGGAUCAAAUCAAAUUCGAUUUGGCCAAUGUCAUGAAAAUCAAAUGCGGCCAAAAUGCUUGCAGCAAAGAAUUCGCUUGUUUCAACAGUCUAUGUGAGCAUCUGAAAGAAUGCCAUCCGAAUAAAGAUGAUCUUUACAGUUGUCCGUAUUGUGUGAGAAGCGUCAAGCGAACUGUAUCCGCCAUUCGGACGCAUUUACUAGACGAACACUUUGAAACCGAUCAACUCGGGGAAUUCCAAUGCAUUUACUGCAAAAAUGUCGGCUUCAGCCAAAUCGAAGACAUCAGAACUCAUAUGUUCGAAAAUCACGGAUCAAAUUUCUUGUUCAUCGCAGUCCGUCUAUCAGCAAAACCUGAAAAUGACGAGGGAGAAGCCCAACUUGUUUACAUUGGUGAUUCGCGAGAUGGUUUUCCGUUGUAUAAAUGUGCCAAUCCCGAGGCACUUGAUUAUAUGGAUGCAGCUCAACUUGAUAUACUAACACAGCUUGAAGUGUUGAAACUGAAGCAAAGUGUGGCCAAAAAAGAAGCAUUCACCGGAGUGUUGCCAAGCAUUAAAGUCAAUGCCAACUUUUCGUACAUUACACUUGACGAUUACGCACAACUCCGACAUCGCACCUCGCAAAGUGUGCAAUCUGCUUCACAUCCAGCGGUCCAGGCAACCGAAGCACAGCGCCAACCAUCGCCGGCAAAGCAAAUGCCUGAACAAGAACCACAGAAUGUUACACCAAAAGUGAAAACACUUUCGCAUCAGUCGGUCAAAUCGGAAUUUCACAAAUUAAAAUGUGAUCCACAACAGUUGGCAAAUGCAGAAGCAACACCAUCCAGCACAAGUGUCCAGCCAACAAUGACAUACAAAUGUAUCAGCGUCGAAAUGGCCAAGGAUUUGGAAAGCUUAUCAAACAGUUCGUAUUCGUCUCUGUUGUGCAAGUCUUGCUCACAAUUCAUUAGGAUGGAUAGAACGACCGGCAUAACUCCAUUGAUCACUCACAUAAUGGAAGAUCCUGUGUGCGCAAAAAAGACGAAGUGUAAUGAAACCAGCCACAUUGAAAAGACUAUGAUGCAGCAUCGGAUAAAAGCACAUUCUGACAAAAAUGAUGAAAUUGUGUACUUGCAAGAGGAAAAAACGCCCAACACAUUGGUGUACAAAUUGGUGCGAUGCAAAUUUGAGUGUCUUCAGUGUAACGAGCGAUUCAACAAUGUACCCACGUUGAAGAAGCACCAUCAAAACAAUCAUUUGGAUCGUUAUUUGAGAAGUGCUGUUAUACAUCAGAUAAAAGUAAUCCAAUCAAAUGACACCCAACAACUGGUAACGUCAGACCAUAGCGAGAUACAACAUUAUGUGUUGAAUAAUUUGUUUUCGUGUAAGCGUCAUAGUAUGACACUUGUUACAAGAUCAAAUGCACUGGAACACCACAAUGAUUCCCACAUAAAGCAUAAUUUCGAGCUCAACAUCAAUACAUUGUUGAUGGAAGAUCAAUCGACGCACAACGAUGACCAUAAAUUACAUGUGCUCGAGUGUGAACAUUGCUCAAAGUUAUUUGGCUCAACUGAGAGUAUGCAUGCUCAUAUCGAAGCGAUUCAACCGAAUAAUCCAGAAACCGCGCUCUACACCAUCAAACGUCUACUUGUCUGUCCAGAACCAAAAUGCAAAAUAAUCAGUACAUUCAGCGGACUAGAUGCCCAUUAUUCAGCGAAGCAUCCCGGAAAAGUGUGCACUCCCAUGCACCCAAUAAACAAUCAGUUGUGCGGUUUAUGUCGUUCACAAGUUGCUGAAAAAGAUAGGGUGCAGCAUUACAAAAAGUUUCAUCAAAGAGGUGAAGUGGUGGGCAAUGUGUUGCUAAGGUUAUUGAAAUUGGAGGAUUUCGAUCUGAACAAAUGCCAUUUUACACCGGGUUGCUGUGACGAAAAUAGAUUCGAACGAAUUGCACAAUGCAUCAACUAUGUAUCCACCUGUAAGCAUCGGUUGUGCUGUAAUGAUUGCCCCGAAUCACCGCGAUUUCAACAAGUGCAAGAAUUGGCCAAGCAUCGAAAGGAGGUGCACUUAGAAAAUCCAGAUGAAGUCAUCCAUCAUAUUCAUAACAUCAAACACUUUAUGCGUCUGCUGGGUGGUAUGAAAAUCUUCUUCCCAACAGGUUUCGUUGUGACGAAAAAUGCCAUCGAUGAUACGAAACUGGGCGGAAAAUUUCGCGAUGAAAUCGUAACAUGCAUCGAAGAGUUCUUCGCACGUGAAAAGAUGUGGGUCAAUACGUUUCUCUUAUUAGAUGCAUAAGUUUGACUUUUGUUUCUCGUAUUUUUUUCUUAUUUUUAGAUAGAGAAGGUAUAAUACGACGUAAUUUAACCACGACGAUAAAUGCAGAUCAUUUCACAGUUCAAUCAAAGAAUUUCUUUCCUGCAUUAAAGAUGCAUUUUGACAAAAAAAAAUACAAAAAACAAUCAAAAUCCAAAAUUGCUGAACUUUGCGAAAUGAACGAAUUUAACUGGAAAAAAAAGACCGGGAAUGUCAAAUAAAAA